AUGGUUGCUAUGCUAAAUGUCAUCGUCCUCUUGGAUGGGUCACAUGAAGGUUAUUGUCAUGGCAUAACCAAUUCUAUCAAUUUGCAAGGAGAUGAUAAGAUCGUUGUUGGUUGGGGGAGGCACCAUGUUCAUAUGGACAAGCGCCGUGUUGUGUGUGCUUCCCUGGACUUAGUUUUUGGUUUCGGCGCUCUCGUCAUCUUCACCUAUAUCCCAUCUGUCCUCAUAACAACUUGGCGCUCAAGGCACAAUCAGCCGCGCGGCUUCUCCAAGUUUCAAGAGCAGGACGAGGAUGUCGAGCAAGGCCUCUCGAUACCUCAUCUCGGGACCACAGGUCCCGCUCAAGUUGUCGCAGCUGAGCCCAGGCGGCCGGCAACGCCACAGUCGCCGCCGCCAUCCUACCACUCCGCCGUCCUCGAGUUGGAUGAAGAGUAUCCGGAUCUGAACAGCCACGCCCCUGGAACAACGGCCCCGGCGCGUCGGUCCUCGAUGGAAACAGUCUCAUCCCUAGGUGUUGAGCGCUACCUUGUGUCAGAUGGAUGGCGAGCGCCCGAAAAUCCACCGGAGUACUCCAGUAGGCCACCAAGCCUUCAUUAUGCGGUACCAUGA